AUGAGCAUCGUUGGAGAGACGGAAGACGCCUCGCACGUCUGGCGCCAAACCUCCCCCGGCACCUGGUCCCGGGCCUGCCUCGGCGAGGAGCAGACGGCCUCGUACACGCAAAACGUGCGCGACGGGCACACCGAGCUCACCAUCGCCGUGCCCUUUUCCUGCCGCGGCGUGCCCUCCGCCGCGGCGCUCACCCUCCGCGCGCGCAACGCCUGGCUCGCCUGCCACGCGCGCUUCCCGCAGGCGGCCGCCGAGAUGUCCACCGGCACGCGGCUCCCCCAGCGGCUGACCUACGCGGCGCUGCGCUCCGACGAGGAGGCCGCCGCCUGGCUGCGGGAGACCCUUGUGGUGGUGGACGAUGGGAGGAGCGCCGAGGAGGUGGCGAGGUACACGUACGGCCGGCGGCUGCCGACGAGGGGCAAGAGGAGCAUGCUGUACUUGGUGGUCGGCGCGGAGGCGCGGGGGGAGCACGCGCUGGUGUGGAAUGUGAGCCACGUGGUCUCGGAUGCGUUUAGCAUUCCGGUGUUCAUGAAUGAGAUGCUGGGGCAGAUGACAAAGGUCCCGGGCGACGUGCUGCUGUCGGUCAGGGACAUUGACUACGAGGGCGUCGCGGAGCGGCUGCCCAUCCAUCCCGCGGUGCUCUACGAGGAUCGCUACCGGCCGACCGCCGAGCAGCGGGAGCAAGCCGUCGCCGAGAUUCUCGCGCAGGAAGACCUGUAUUCGUCCCGUAUCGGAGAGUCCAUCAAAAUGUACCCCCGGGCGGACAGCGCCUCCCGGCCGCACGAGACGCACUGCCUGACCCUGCAGUUCACCCUCUCCCGGUCCCGAGCCCUCCUCGCCGCGCUCCGCCGGGAGGGCGUCAGCAUCACCUACGCCGCCGCCGCCGCGACGCUGCUCGCCGUGCGCGCCGCGUACGCCCGCGGCGACGAGGCCGGCGCGCUGCUCGGCAUGACGCGCAACGCGCGCCGCUGGGUCGACACGGACCGCGCCUGCGCCAGCGCCUCCAGCGCCGUCUUCCUCUGGAUCCCCUUUGCCCCGGAGGAGCACCGGGGGUCGGCCCGGGAUGCCGUGCUCGCGCUCGGCCGCACCAUACGCGAGCGGCUGCAGCCCUACAUCGCGGGGCCGCACCACCUCUCCCUGCCGAGCCUGGAGCUUGCCUCGCACCGGGCCAUCGACGGCCUCGGUGCGGAAGCGCCGGAGCGCGCGGAGCCGUGCCCGCCGGGGUUCUCUCCGCAGGGCAAGUUGACGCUGAGGCGCGCGUUCGGAGGCGAGGGGGGGGUGAGCAUUGAGGCGAAAGACUUCCGGCACACGGGGAGGCAGAUCAACGAGUCGCCGUGGGUGGGCUUGUUUUCUCUGUGGGAUCGGCUGACACUGUCGCUGGGCUUCGACUCCAAGUAUCACGAUCCGGAGAUGAUGGCCAGGCUGAUCGCCGACGUCCAGCAGAAACUCGAUUCUGUCGUCCACACAUCUGCGAAUCUGUAG